AUGGAGCAAAAGAUCGAGCUGCCUCGCUAUUUCUACUACUGCAGUAUCUACUUUGGUCUAAAUUACGGUGAGGUCAAGGCACUGCAAGGAAUGGGCUCUCUUCGACUCUCUCCUGGACCUCUCCUGGACAAGACUUGUCAUGUCGACCUCUUCGGAUCAUUCUACGCCCUCCUCAACACACGCGCAUAUCACACGACUGCCAAGCACGUCGCCAAAGAGGCCAGAGUGCAGGUGUCUUUUGAGGUGUCGUUCGAUCCCGUGUCGUCGGACAAAUCGUUGAAGCGACCUAACAUCGCCCCACAUCCACCCUGCAACAUCACACGAGCUCGACCAGCAAAAGCACCUCAUUACACCUCGUCGGACCCCGUAUCUCCAGCUCAAAAUAACGCAGGAUCAACUACUACAGAGAUCGAUCUUCCAUCUUCCUCGAAUCCAGCAACUAUGCUGAUCGACACAGGGCUACAGAAUACGGCACUAUCCUCCGCUGGAUCCAGCUCACACGACCCAAAUCGAUCAGGUCCGCCAGUAGCACAAGGAGGAGCUGAUGGUGGCAAAGAUUUGGCUCUGCCCGACACAGACCAGCCAGAGCAACCUCAGCAAGUCACGCAGGUCUCACUCGUGGAGGCAAUCGAGGAAUUAUUACUCCAAGAGCCCAAGGAGAUAUACAUCGACCUGGAUGGCCAUCCGUCAGUGACACCCCAGCAACGAGAGGACAAAGAGUACUUUGGACACAUCGGGCUGGUCCUUGAUAACCUCAUCUCAAGCAGUUUGUCCAAGGUGCACACUAUCAUUCACGUCGACGGACCGCGUUCUUUGGAGAAGGAGGCCGAGCACAAGCGACGCGACGAACGUCUCCAGAAAUCGCUCGACAAACUCACCCCCACCGCCACCAAGGACAAAUUAGAAUCCGGAUUGGGACUCAAGGCAGUGUAUAGGAUAUGCCGCUCAGCAUACAGAUUGCCGCCAGAGGCAUUGGAACAGGUGCUGGGGGUGAUGGAGAACAGUGGACAGGAUCUGGUAGAGGGGUUUGAGAGACUGGUGGGUGACUAUUUGGAUGUGGUGAAGGCCAAGGCGGAGGAUACUCGGAGGUCGGCAGGCCAACGACAACAACAACGGCGACAACGCCGAGCGCAACAAAUUCGCCGCCAGACACCUCCACCAGAUUCCAAAGCGGAACACAGGGAUCAAAAGCGCAUAGAUCGCGCAGAUAUGCAGCUGGCCGUGACCGUGGCUGAUUUCCAAGGUGCAAUCGGGGCGUUCGUGUCCUGUCAAGAGUCUCCACAAUCAACCGAUGGGUCCCGACCACCUCUUGCAUAUGACGCCGUCCGUUCUACACUCUUGGAACUAGAAAUGAGGAAGGCCAGGAUCAAUUCUUCCAGAGUCAAGAGAAUCGGGGUUGCCGCCGAGACAAGAGAUGCCUCGCUUGUAGCCGAAAGCUUGAUGGAUGCGGGCGAGCCUUCAACUCUCAUAGUCCCCGCAGCGAGUGCCGGUCAGCAGGGCUACUUCGACUCUGGUCGUGGCGGUAAGGCCAAGGCGAAGCGGACAAGGAAGCACAGAGGUCCCCGCAAAAAUCGAGCCAACAGGAAAAGGUUCAACAAGUGGAGGAAAUCCAUGUUCCGAAGAAGGACCGAUCUUGCCCGCCCCUAUGAACCGCAUAAGGUCUUUCUUCCUGAUGCCAGCCCAGUGGAAGAGGACGCGCUCCAGCAUCUAACGCCAUCAACACCUCGACCAUUCAAACCCAAACCCGACUCCAGCAAUAACAACAACGACGGUAACGGCAACAACAAGAGCAACAAAAAGAAGCGCAAGAAGCCCUUAAAGCUACCCGCGGACAAGGAGGGGCAUAAAGCUCUAAAGAAGUCAUUCGGUGGCGCUUUCAAGAUGUUGGUACUGACAGCUGGAUCACUUUGGGGACUGUCUCCGCCGCGCAACCGAUCUGACAUCAGAAGAGAUUUCCCGAUCGUCAACAGGAUCGACCGCGCCGUCUUCGCGAUGAACCCCGCGAAACAUGUCGUCAUGAAGAUGCUCGAGUUCUUAUUCUACGAUGACAGCGCAGGGGUCAUCAUUCGAAAUCUCAUCUCAUUCGCCCUUCGAGGAUCCACAUCGGCGCAGGCUGGACGGAGAGCAGAAAAGACCGAGUCUAUUAGCGCAUAUGCUCUCGCCAUUUCUAUCUUCGAGCAGUUCCGAGCUUUGCACCCAUCAAUCAAGGCGCUCAACCCUGACCAUAUACCCCUCUCGAAUGUCCAGCAGGAUUUGGCGCCAAAGAUCUGUUUAGCGAUCAAGAUGCACUACCGAAAACUGCCAACAACUAUAGUCAACAAGAUGAAAAAGCUUGGUUUCGAAUCAUCGACAAUUCCCUCCUGUGAUGGAGAAGAGGAGGAGGAGGAAAAGGAGGAGGAGAACGGCGAUGAAUUUCGGGAUGUAGCGGAGGAGACCACCAAUAAGUCCGACAAGAUUGUCUUCGAGGCCGGUCACAUCAAGACCUAG